CUUUAGUACCCUCGUAGUAUGCAGAAGUGGGUUACUUACUGGAGACGAACCCUACCGAAUCAGGCAAGACUCCCCGCUGACAUCAUCCCACCAACGGCUGCUCAACGCAUCCUCACAAACCCCAUAUUCUUCAACAUCACAGCUUCACCCAGAGCUGAUUCUGAUUCGAGGCUGCUCACUCUCGGUGACAAACCCCGCUCCACCUUUAUUUUCGGUAUCCACCGACACUUCUUCCGAGGAUAUAUCGGAAUUCUCGAUCUACGUACCUGUCGACUUUCUUCCGUCGCAAACAUCUUGGACUUACGAUGACCGAACCAACGGCCCCAAUCGAGAACAUUCUCGCGCCAGGAACGCCAGCGUCCGCUUCUACUACAGCUCCCCCGCCUUCAAGUGCCGAGACUACUGCACUCGAGCGUGUCCACUUACCCCGCAUUGUGAUCAAAUUUUGUACUCAAUGCCGAUGGAUGCUGCGUGCUGCAUAUUUCGCCCAAGAGCUUCUCUCCACGUUUGGCACGGACCUGGGUGAAGUUGCCCUCGUCCCUGUGACCGGUGGUGUUUUCACAAUUACCAUUUGGCAUGCGACAGCUACAAAUACCUCGACUGAAGAAGUCACGACGCAAGAGACUCUUCUCUGGGAUCGGAAGCGAGAUGGCGGGUUUCCCGAGGUCAAAGCUCUCAAAUCUCUCGUUCGAAACAUUAUUGCCCCGAAUCGAGACUUGGGUCAUACAGAUCGUGCUCUGAAGACAGAGCAAGAGAAGAAGAACGAAGAGAAGGUUCAAGGGGAGCAAAAGAAAGAUUGCGAAGAUUGUGUUUGAGGUGUCUUGGGCUAGAAUGGCCUAUAGUCAUAACUAAAUUUUAUGAAUUUGAUAGGAAGCAGAGCGUUUUAUGAUAAAAAACGUAUUACGAUGAAAGCAUAUAAUGAUACGAUAUAGAGCAUGUCUCCGUUCAGCUAGCUCAGCUAUUGUACACAAUAUUCAUACAAGCAUUUAUAAUCUCCCCGGGUUUCGAUCCUAGAUCGCCGACGGCCAUUUAGGGGAGAUCAUCCUCAGAAGGACCCUCAUUGUAUCCAUUGUCGGUCUGGGGCUUUGCGUGACGAGUCCGCUCAUUGAUAAUGUUGGAGCGAUCGAUAG